AUGAGAGGUGGAAUGGAGUGGACCACCACCACUGUCAACCGCCGUCGUCAUCCACCUUCGCCGCCACACGUCACCGCCGCCCCCCGCCACCGCCGUCACCCGACACCGUCGUUGCCGCCACCCACCUCCAUCCCCGCCACUGCCGUCGUAGCCAUCCACCAUCGCCGUUGCCACCUCCGAUCAUCGCUACCACCCACCUUCGAUUAUCUUCGCCACCAUCGCCGAUGCCACCUCCGAUCACCGCCGCCGUUGCCACCCACCUCCGCCAUUGCUAUCAACCGCCAUCACCCACCGCCACCACUUUCCACCACCAUCGCCACCGCUACCACCUCUAGGAACCGACGCCACCCACCUUCAUCAUCACCCACCACCACCACCGCUGUCACCACCCGUCGCCGUCUCCAUCCACCACCGCCGGCGCCGCUACAACUGCCACCUAUCUCCACCCACCAUCGCCGCCCAUCAUUGACCACCGCCAUCCACUUUUAUUCCUUCUUAAUUGCAAACGAAUGA